AUGGAAGGCUUUACUUAUGAGCAGAUAAAAGAUCUUCAACAACUAUUCGCUGUUAAGAAGGAUCAAUCCGAUUCCGAUUCUGACGAUGAUCUCAGGCAGCGCUUGUCCCGUAAAAAAAUUGGUCCGGGUAGCAUUGGCAAACCAAAUGCAGCUGCAGCGACUUCCAAAUCCAGCUCAAAGGAAUCCUCUUCAAGCAGUGCCUGCAAGGACGGGGCAAAAAAGACGGAGGUCUCGGAUAUAUGGCAUUCGGCGGAGUUGAACGCGACUCCGGAUUUAUCUAUAAUAGAGGAUCCGCGCAAGGUACCAGAGUACGAGAUGAAAUUCAAACAGUCUGUUGGCACCGAAGACAUUUUUCUUGGGAUGAACCUGAAGACCCCGUCCACGGCCUCCUGCGAAUGGCUGACUCUGCGUGUGAAGCUGCCCUCCGAGACGAGAGAGAAAAUUGAGCUAUCCGUCGAGUCCGAUGUCAUCGACAUACGUAGUCCCAAAUAUCGGCUGAGACUACCAACGCCGUUUCCCGUUGAUCCUAAUGGCUCGUCGGCGAAAUGGCAUUCUGACAGCGACUGCUUGGAAAUAACCCUCAAGCUCUCCAGGGAGCUCGACAAUGUCAAUUUCUGAACGGAAAAAGGGGCACCCAUCAGCACCGAUCGUCACCCGUUAUUCCACCUCUCGC